GGCGCCUGCGCCGGGAGCGGGCCCUCGGCCCCUCAGCUGCUCUCGACAUGGCGCUGAGGCGGCGGCCCGCGCUCGCCCUGCUGCUGCUCCUGCGGGGCUGCUUGAUAGGGGCUGUGAAUCUCAAAUCCAGCAACCGAAACCCAGUGGUACAGGAAUAUGAAAGUGUGGAACUAUCUUGUAUCAUUACGGAUUCACAGACAAAUGACCCCAGGAUUGAGUGGAAGAAAAUCCAAGAUGAACAAACCACAUAUGUGUUUUUUGACAACAAAAUUCAGGGAGACCUGGCCGGCCGUGCAGAACUGCUGGGGAAAACCUCUCUGAAGAUCUGGAACGUGACCCGGACGGACUCAGCCCUUUACCGCUGUGAGGUGGUUGCUCGGCACGACCGCAAGGAGAUUGAUGAGAUUGUCAUCGAGUUAACUGUGCAAGUGAAGCCGGUGCCCCCAGUGUGCAGGGUGCCGAGGGCUGUGCCUGUGGGCAAGGCGGCCACGCUGACCUGCCAGGAGGGCGAGGGCUACCCCCGGCCGUACUACAGCUGGUACCGCAACGACGUGCCGAUGCCCACAGAUUCCAGGGCCAACCCCCGGUUCCGAAACUCCUCUUUCCUCUUCAACCCUGACACGGGCACUCUGGUGUUCAGCGCCGUCCACAGGGAGGACUCGGGCCAGUACUACUGCAUCGCGUCCAACGAGGCGGGCUCGGCCCGCUGCCAGGAGCAGGACAUGGAAGUGUAUGACCUCAACAUCGGCGGGAUUAUUGGGGGAGUCCUGGUUGUCCUGACUGUACUGGCCCUGAUCACAGUGGGCAUCUGCUGUGCCUACAGACGUGGCUACUUCAUGAACAAUAAGCAGAACGGGGAAAGCUACAAGAACCCAGGGAAGCCGGAUGGAGUUAACUACAUCAGGACGGACGAGGAGGAAGCUGUUCUGCAGGGCCGCAAGGCCAGCCUCUGAAGAACAGCAGGAAGGGCGGCUGGGCGACGGCCCGACUGACGAUGGGCAAAGUGUGUGCCUGAGUCAAAGGCAACUUCCUGAUCGUGCCCCACAUGCUGCCUGCUUUGUGGGGGCGUCAGGAACAGCACCCUUUGUUCUUAGCCUCAGACACGCUGCUGUGUUAACUCAGUGUGAAGCCCUUGGGAGCAAGGAGCUUCUCAGAAGGAUGCCUCCGACUCUGUGUUACAGGAUGGUUUUUAUGUAGAACAUAGUCGUCUUGGGAUGAAACUUUCACUGUCUUACUUGAAUACUCGAGACUUCCGUUGCCCUUUCUUUUCUGAGUCGUGUGAACGCUCUGUCAUGGAGUAUUUGCAGCAGCAGAGGGCAGCACCUCGUCACGCUGGGGUGCCUGACUUCUUCCGUCUGGGUCUUGAGAGCGUAGACCUAAGACCGUCCCUUCAUCCUCAGCUCCUCUGGGUGGAGAAGGGUAGGGCCCUUCCGCCUGUGGGGGCAGCUCCAGCCUCCUCCUCGGUUGCCAUAGUGAUGGGGUAGUCUUCUUGCACCCUAAAACCUCCGCCCCGGUGCCACGUGACCUGGCUCUGACGGAGGAGAGAGGAGUGAGUGUGGGGUCUGGGAGGUUGCUACCCGUCACUGUAAAAACGCAGACAGAAAAGGAGCAUCGAGUGAUUUUAAGAUGUAAACGUUGCUGGAGACGCGAGGCCACAUGGGCUGCCGGGGCCUUUGUGUGGCUGCAGCUGUACACAGUGCCACAGACCUGUGCUACUAACACACCUGUGAGUUGGUAUUUCUUAAACCUCAUUUAUA